CACAGACACCAUGAGACUCUGUUACCUGCUUCUGCUGUCACUGCCGGGUCUGCUGGCUCAGGUGCAGAACUAUGAUGAGGAUUAUACAGACAUCUUCGGUAACAGCAACAACUACGACAACCCCUUCUUCUACCAGCAGCAGAUAUUACAGACGCAGACGUCAGGGCCUGAACAGAACGCGCUGGAUGUACAGACAGAGCCGACUGAACCUGGACCGCUGGACUGUCGUGAGGAGCAGUAUCCCUGCACUCGGCUCUAUUCUGUCCAUCAGCCGUGUAAACAGUGUCUGAACAGCAUCUGCUUCUACAGUCUGCGCAGAAUGUAUUUGAUCAAUAAGGAGGUGUGUGUGCGGACGGUGUGUGCACAUGAGGAGCUCUUGAGAGCGGAUCUGUGUCGUGACCAGUUCCCCCGCUGUGGUGUAAUGGCGCACAUUGGCCAGUGUGGGGCGAUGGGGAGCAACUGCGCCAGGAGUUGUGGAUCCUGCUAAACACACACAC